AUGCGCUCCAUUCAAAUUGCCGCUAUUCUUGGAUGCCUUGUCUCCCUCGUUUCUGGCCAGACUAUCUACAUGGCAGGAGACUCGACAAUGGCGAAAGGUGGAGGCGGCUCCGGCCUGGAAGGGUGGGGUACAUUCCUUGGGCAAUACGUGACUAUUCCGGUCGUCAAUUUGGCGGUCAGCGGGCGAUCUGCAAGAUCAUAUACGGAAGAAGGUCGAUUUGCGACAAUCAUCGACACAGUGGAGCCUGGCGACUUCGUUAUCAUUGAGUUUGGGCACAACGAUGUUUCGGCCGGUGCGGUCGACAAUGGACGACAAGCCGCGGUUGGUGAUGAUUACAAUGGGACCGCUAUAGUUAAAACAGCGAAUGGAACAUCAAUUGUCAUUCACACCUUUAAUUAUUAUGUGGAAAACGCAAUCAACGCCGUCAAAGCCAAGGGCGCCAUCCCAAUCAUUGCAUCCAACACUCCGAACAACAGCUGGGUGAACGGGGCCAUCGCAGCACCUGCCCGUUUUGUCGGGUAUUCUGCGCUAGCUGCGAGCCGCACGGGCAUCUCAUUUGUGGAUCAUUACCGUUACACGGCUCAAUCGUUCCAGAGCGUUGGCGAAGCGACCACGAAUACCUACUUUCCCAAGGACUACAAGCAUCCCAACCCCGCUGGGGCUAACGUUAUUGCUCAAGCGUUCGUGCGAGGGGUGGCAUGCGUUAAGAGCUCGUUGGCUGGUAAAAUAAACGCAGCUGGAAAGAGUGUUCCACUGACAGGUUCGUGGUUUGGACCAAGGACCAAUGAAGAGGAUACGGACGGUGGUACAACACCCCGGCCCUCUCUUUCCCCACCUCCAGGCAGCCAACCACCCAGAGUUUCAACUGACAAGCCAACCAAACGCGUAUUUCCUGCGUAUACAACACCACACGAUGCUGUACUUUCAGAGCUGCACGGAACGGGCCCGAAAUCUGCUGCGAACGACAGACCCGUUGCUCCCGCAUCCAUCAAGGAUGGCCUUGUCCCUCCGGACCCGAUAGGCACACAACGAGACGAAAAGGCUGCGUCCCCUAUAUCGCAAGAUGGCCCUCGCUUCACCUCUCCAGACUUGUUACUCGAUCCUUUCGACGGAAGCACCUUAGGAGUUUUAAUACCCCAUGCUCAAGAACUCAAUCAGAAUGGCGAAGAGCAAUCUCCGUCGCGCAUCAACCUUGCGGGUGGCCACGAUGGUGCUCUACACUCAAAUCCGCCUGGCAGCGAGGCAGUUUGGUCCCACUUAUCGCGCGUUUUGGAUAUACAGAGCGAGAUAUCUAAGAUGCAUCUCGAAAUGGAGAGCAUAGGAGCCAGCAAAGGCGGCGACUUCAAAUCCCAAAGACCGAAGCCGUCCUCUCACAAGCCUGUCGUACCCGAAGGAGCCAAUGCUUCGUCUAGCUUGGGUCCUGGUGACCCCGUGAUGCCUCCUGGUCUUCAACGGCCACGUCAACGAGCCGUCAGUAUGGUUUCGACGAUUUCAUCCGUUGCCGAGGGGGAGGAUGAAGACGAUGAGGGUGUCAACGUGCCCGAUGAAGAAGCGGAGAAAGCAAGGCUGCGAGAGCAAGAAUUCGCCAAAUUAGCGAGCCAGUUUGAAGGAAGAAAAGACGCGAUACAAGGCAUCAUGAACAAGCUUGACGACCUUUCGAAAACCUUGUCCGAGUUCCACGCCCUCCAAAUGCCCAAUUUUGAUUUUCCAGCCUCUCGCAAUAAUUCAAUAGGUGCAACAACACCCCCCGUGCCAGCUGCGUCUCCUCUGGUAUCAAGAGAAGGCGACGCUACGAGUGGUAGUGUCCCACCUUCUCAGGCCUCUGCGCCCACGAGCAAUAGACCAUAUGGUUCGAGUCAGCCAGGCACUGCCUCCUCUUCUUUAGCAGUUCAUCCACCACCAUUCAAUCGCUCCAAGAGCGACUAUGCAGGCCCUGGCGCCCCGCCUGCGAAAGUCAUGCCGCAAAAGAAGGUGGUACCAACAGUGCUGAUAAAUUCAAUUUCAAUGGACCUGGAAGCGCAUCCUCAUGUCAUGGAAAGCCCGGCCUCGACCGUCGGGAGCUUCAAGCUCCCACCAGAGGAGUGA